AUGAGCCUCACGAACCCAUCGUCAGGGGCGUCUGGACCGGGGUCGGGGUCAGCAUCGAGGACUCAAUCCCUGAAGAGGAGUGUCCAGGCAGCAUUUGAUGAUCCCGCCGAUAGAGGCACCGGCCCGAUGGGGUACCAGAGCAAGGUCCGGGUGACAGACAGGUACAAGGUCGUCGGCUUUAUCAGUAGCGGGACCUACGGCCGCGUGUACAAGGCGCUCGGCCGCCACGGGUCGCCGGGCGAGUUCGCCAUCAAAAAGUUCAAGCCCGACAAGGAGGGCGAGCAAGUGGCAUACACGGGCAUCUCCCAAUCGGCGGUGCGCGAGAUGGCACUGUGCUCCGAACUCAACCAUCAGAACGUCAUCAGGCUGGUCGAGAUCAUCCUCGAGGACAAGUGCAUCUUCAUGGUGUUCGAGUACGCCGAGCACGACCUCCUCCAGAUCAUCCACCACCACACCCAGCAGCCGCGGCACCCCAUACCGGCCACCACCAUAAAGUCCAUCAUGUUCCAGCUCCUCAACGGUUGCCAGUACCUGCACACCAACUGGGUGCUCCACCGCGACCUCAAGCCCGCUAACAUCAUGGUGACGUCGUCCGGCGAGGUCAAGAUCGGCGACCUCGGGCUGGCCCGGCUGUUUUACAAGCCGCUCCACGCGCUCUUCAGCGGCGAUAAGGUGGUCGUGACGAUAUGGUAUCGCGCCCCGGAGCUGCUCCUGGGCAGCAAGCACUACACGCCCGCCAUCGACAUGUGGGCGGUGGGCUGCAUCUUCGCCGAGCUGCUGUCGCUCCGGCCCAUCUUCAAGGGAGAGGAGGCCAAGAUGGACAACAAGAAGACGGUCCCCUUCCAGCGGAACCAGAUGCAGCGCAUCGUCGACAUCAUGGGCCUGCCGACCAAGGAGCGCUGGCCCCUGCUGACGAGCAUGCCCGACUACAGCCACCUGUCCACCCUGCAGCCGCCGCUCAGCGGCCAGGGCCACCACCAUUCCCACCACCACGCGGCCCAGCACUACGGCAGCGGCGGCCACCAGCAGCGGUCGUCGGCGGCAGCCGCCGGCGUCAGCCACCUGGAGAAGUGGUACUACAACACCAUCAACCAGCCCACGACCAGCAGCGCCAACACCAGCUCCAGCGCCAGCAACGGCAACAGCAGCAGCAGCACCAGCGGCGGCACGUCCGGGCAGGGGUCGUCCCCACUAGCCAGCCUGGGGCAGGAGGGGUACGGGCUGCUGUCGGGCCUGCUGGAGUACGACCCGGAGCGGCGGCUGACGGCGGCGGAGGCGCUGCAGCACCCCUUCUUCACGACGGGCGACCCGGUCCGCGCCAACUGCUUCGAGGGCCUCAAGGCCGAGUACCCGCACCGCCGCGUCAGCCAGGACGACAACGACAUACGCACCAGCUCGCUGCCGGGGACGAAGAGGAGUGGGCUGCCUGACGACACGAUCGUCAGGCCUGGGAAGAGGGUCAAAGACGGGUGA